AUGAUUUCCUUGAGGAGGAUCACCAAUAUCACUCCAGCAUCGAGAAAUAGAAAAUUUCACAAUGCAGCCCUAGAUUUCAACUUUCGAGCAAUUACCGAAACAGAUGUGUCGGAUGUUAUUGAAAAUAUUAAUCCUAGGAAAUCGUCUGGUUGGAACUCUCCAACUGUAUCCAUCCUCCUUAAGAAAACUGCUUCAGCUAUUGCUCCAUCAUCCAUGACUGUAUUGCUGAGAGCUUCUGGCCUACUAAGUGGAAAAUGGGGGAAUGGACACCCGUAUUAAAAAAGGGAGACAAACAAGCCAAACAAAAUUAUCGCCCAAUUACAGUACUCCUAUUACUUGGCAAAGUGUUUUAGCAUCUACUGUGUAAACAAAUUACUACGUACAUUACUUGCGAAAAUUUUCGGACGUCUAAUUUUCGGACACUUUUUAUCUCAUUUCGGACAUAUUUCGGACCAAAUUGCGGACACUGCUCAAACACGGCGUUAUUAGAUUUACGCCUAUAAAACAUGAAUAUAGACUGAAACAACAUCUGUGAAAUUGAUAAUUUUAUCGCACCCUCAAGGUUUUACAGAUACACCGUCCUGUAAAAAUACUGUACUGUAAAAAUUUCGGACGGUUUUAUUUUCGGACACUUUUUUUGUCCGAAAUUAAAAUCGUCCGAAAUUUUUUGCAAGUAAUGUGCUACGAUCGUAUCCUCUAUUCAAGAAUGACAGCCUACAGAAAACAUUACAUAGCUGUGAGUAAGUGAAGACUGGAGGAAAGCCCUUGACAGAAAGGAGAAGGUGUGGUUGUUAGCGUCGGACAUGAGUAAAGUUUUUUACUCCCUUCACCACUCUUUAACCUUGGCCAACUCAAUGUACUUGGUUUCAGCUACAGUUCUCUGGAUUUAAUGCGAUCCUUCUUUUAUGGUCGACUGAACAGGGUCAAAGUCAGUACAGCCAAAAGUGAUUGGAAAGAAAUGAAACGAGGCUGCCCACAGGGAUCAUCACUCGUCCUUUGCUGUGGAACCUCUAUCGGAACGACCUAUCCCGUCAGGUCAGUAACACCAAGUUAAACAUGUAUGCUGACGACCUUCUUCUUUAUACUAUGGGGAGUAAUGCCUAUAGCAUGAAGGCUCGCUUUGAGUCGGAAGUCGCUAAAGCCUUGACCUGGCUUAACGAUAAGUCCUAUAACUAUCUUAUUGUCAACCCCGAUAAAUUCCAGUUGCUGAUGAUCAACUCACAGAAUGAUAAGGAUCAAGCUUCAUUAACAAUCAAUGCGCAUGUCAUUGAAAGUACUGCGGACAUUAGCCUUCUCGGAGUUAACAUCGACGAACGCCUUGUACCGUAUUUAUUCGAAUAAGCGCCCAACCUCGAAUUAGCGCCCACCUCGAAUAAGCGCCCAUCCUAAAGGCAGAAAAAGUUAAUAAGCGCCCAGCCUCGAAUAAGCGCCCACCCCCUCCUCCUCCCAAUCAAAAUCAAAUAAGCGCUCACCCCCACCACACCCACUUGAGUAAAUAAAUUCCAAUAGGAGACUUCCCCGAGGACGGAGUUUUCUUCAGAGUAUUUUACAGAAACCUUGCUUUGUUACUUCUUCGCGUUUUGUUAUUAGCAUUUAUUGUUUUGUUGCAAAAUAAACAUACUUCACUUGCUGAAAAUGGUGAAAAUUUAAUAAGCGCCCAACCUCGAAUAAGCGCCCACCUCGAAUAAGCGCCCACUCUCAAGGCCCAAAAAUUUAAUAAGCGCCCAGGGCGGUUAAUCGAAUAAAUACGGUAUUUAGCAAACACAUUAGUGAACUGUGUACAAAAGCGGGACAAAAGCUAGCCAGAGAGUGGGCGUCCUCUAAAGAUUAAGAAAUCUGAUCCCUACGGAAGCAAAAUUGCUUUUAUAUAAAACCUCGAUAUUGCCAUAUUUAACAUAUUGUCAUCUUAUAUGGCAUUUCUGUAAAGCCUCCGACGCCAGAAAAGUUGAAAGAGUGCAAGAGCGGUCCCUUAGGAUCGUGUAUAACACACAUUCAGUAGAGUACUCUAA